AUGGUGCGAGACGUGAACAUGAGACCCACCAGGGAGACCUGCAGCACAGCCACGCGUCUGAAGGCCAAGACUGCGGUGCAGAACUGCUCCAAGAGAGGAGCGAGCGGAGCCAGAAAACUCACCCUGGAGACAGGCGACCGGUUCUUCGUCUCCAGAGGAGACCAGGCGCGUUUCGCCAGCAGCUCUCCCGUCUCAGCUCCCUGCGUUGAUGCCGCCGCAGGUUUUAGUGAACAGGGCAAUUGGCUGACGAGCCCUUUGAACAACGACGUCGCUGAGUUUCGGUUGCGGCUCUUUGCGACGGGAGCGUGCCGGGAGCCGGGAGUGGCUGUGCCGAUUGCCGCCGUGCGUGCGCUGGUUACAUGGAGCUGCACAGGGGCUGCUCCGGUCAGCCCAUGGUGGUUCUGCGUCUCCUUCCCAUCCUGGAAGUCCAUGGAGAAGCCUCUGGUUUGGUUUAGAGAUCUCAGGUGCCAGCUGAGGAAAGGGGAGGUUAGGUCUUCGGGGUGGACCUACAAAAGACAUAAGGCACAGCUGUCCCAGGCUUUAAACGGUGUUUCGGAUAAAGCAAAGGAAGCUAAAGAAUUUCUGGUUCAGCUGAAAAAUUUAUUGCAGCAGAUCCAGGAGAACGGGUUGGAUUAUGAAGCCUGUCUUGUCGCUCAGUGCGAUGCCUUGGUCGAUGCGCUAACGCGACAAAAGGCAAAACUGCUCACCAAGGUGACCAAAGAACGUGAGCACAAGCUGAAGGUUGUUUGGGACCAGAUAAAUCACUGUACGCUGAAGCUACGCCAGUCAACGGGGCUGAUGGAGUACUGCCUAGAAGUCAUCAAAGAAAAUGAUCCCUCUGGGUUUUUACAGAUUUCCGAUGCUUUGAUCAAGCGUGUGCAGGUAUCUCAGGAGCAGUGGGUCAAAGGAGCCUUGGAGCCAAAAGUGUCUGCGGAGUUUGACUUGACUCUGGAUAGCGAACCUCUGCUGCAGUCGAUCCACCAGCUGGAUUUUAUUCAGAUGAAAUUGCCGCCCGUCCCGCUGCUGCAGCUGGAGAAGUGCUGCACCAGAAACAACAGCGUGACGUUGGCCUGGAGGAUGCCGCCAUUGAGCCACAACCCGGUGGAGGGUUACAUCUUGGAGCUUGAUGAUGGAGACGGUGGCCAGUUCCGAGAAGUGUAUGUUGGCAAGGAGACUCUCUGCACCAUCGAUGGCCUUCAUUUCAACAGCACCUACAAUGCCAGAGUCAAAGCUUUCAACUCGUCGGGGGUUGGUCCUUACAGCAAGACGGUUAUUUUGCAGACGUCGGAUGUGGCGUGGUUCGCCUUCGACCCCUCCUCAGCUCACAGAGACAUCGUCCUGUCGAACGACAACCAGACCGCCACCUGCAACAGCUACGACGACCGGGUUGUUCUUGGCACAGCGGCCUUCUCCAAGGGCGUGCAUUACUGGGAACUGCACGUGGACCGCUACGACAACCACCCGGACCCAGCCUUUGGCAUCGCCAGGAUUAACGUCGUCAAGGACAUGAUGCUGGGCAAGGACGACAAGGCCUGGGCCAUGUACGUUGACAACAACCGCAGCUGGUUCAUGCACUGCAAUUCUCACACCAAUCGGACCGAAGGAGGAGUUUCUAAAGGUGCCACCGUUGGUGUUCUCCUGGAUCUGAACAAGCACAACCUGACCUUUUACAUAAACGGGCAGCAGCAGGGGCCUCCAGCGUUUGAGAACGUCGAGGGGGUCUUCAUGCCUGCACUGAGCCUCAACCGAAACGUCCAGGUGACCCUGCACACAGGACUGGACGUGCCCCAAUGUGUAAAGCAGCCCAAGCUGCCCAACAACUAA